AUGAGGACUCGUCCUAUCUCUAUACAUAUCACCAUGAUGUCCUGGCAGUCCAGGAUUCCAAUUCUUCAACAACGUAGGCCUGUCGGUGGCCACCGUUUGGGAAUUUUCUGGAAAACUGCUCUUUUUCUAGCCAUUGUGACGGCCACUCUCUGUCAAACACCCACCAGUGAUCCUUCACAUGUGGAGCGUCGGAACGAGCAGUAUUGCCCGAAUCCUGCAGUGAGGGUUUCAUGGUACUCACUCUCAAGUGCAGAGAAGACAGCUAUGCAAGAUGCAAUCAUGUGUUUACUCACACAGCCCAGUAAGAUGAAGUAUCCCGGAGCUAUAUCCCGUUAUGAUGACCUGGUAUAUGUUCAUCAGGCGCAAAGCGAUUUUCCUGGUGGCAAGGACCUGUUGCAUGUCACUGGUAGAUUCCUUCAUUGGCAUCGCUUACAAUUGGCUCUUUUUGAGCUACUUUUGCGGGUCGAGUGUGGUUAUUCUGGUCCAAUGGCAUAUUGGGAUGAAAGAGUCGAUGCGGGAAAAUUUCGCGACGCUGGUAUAAUUAAAGACUUUGGUGGGACUGGGAAUGAGAAUGGUUAUGUGGUUGACGGUCGAUUUGGAUACACAAUAGCCAACUUAGGCCCAAGCAUGGACAACACAAGACGUUAUCUCAGUAGAAAAAUCAACGACACUGCUUCAGCUUUCGCUUCAGAAAGGCAUUACAGAGUGCUGAUGGGCCAAGACUCAUUUAUAGACUUCAUGCAAAGUCUACGAAACUUUCAACAUCUUAGCGGCCAUGUAGGUGUGGGCAGAGAUAUGGCGGGUGUCCAGACGGCUCCAGUCGAUCCACUCUUCUGGUUUCAUCACGGUUAUGUGGAUAAUGAUAGGCAGGGAAAUGAUCCGGCGCGUAUCUUUGACCUCAAUAAUGCUGGUUACGAAACACAAGGGCCACCAUUCAGAUCCGUGACCUGGCAGACUGCACUCCCAUUUCUGGGACUUGCCGAUGAUGUACCCUUGUACGCCGGGUCAGAUACACAGGGUGGAUUUCUGUGUUACACAUACAAGUGA